GGCACUCUGCUGUCUGAUGCUGCUCCCAGUACUGCUGGAGGCCAAAUCUCUGUUAAACUCCAUCAAGCAGGAAGAAAUGGUCCCCGUCAGUGAAAUGAACAUUGACUUAGAGAAAGCAAACAGCUUUCUGACUUACUCAAGACCUAAGCGUAAUGUGGAUGCCAGGUGGUACAGAGGAAACCCAGACUUCCAGGCUUACUACCGCUACUACAGCAGCAUCGGACACACUGAGGGGCUCUAUGAGAUCGACAAGCUGCGGAUGCUCUACCAGCAGAUGAGGUACCUGGAGCACACCUAUGGCCCCAACGCUUCCUAUUUCCAGAGCAAACUGGGAGUGCCAAUGAUCAUGUGUGACCCGGCUACAGACAAGAAGUGCAAAGUCGCUCCUCCUCCUCCUCCAAUAAAAGGGGUCCCAAACCCCACAGAGCCCCCAGCAACCCCUCCUCCUCUUCCUGCUGCUCCAUCAAUUUCCCAGGCUGAUGUUCUCUACUUGUGCAACCGUAAGGACCCCCUCUGUAAGCCCCACAUUGUCUAUCUGCCCACCGGCGCCGUGCCUGUGCUCUGCGACCCCCGCUACCAUCCCCACUGCACCCCCCAGAAAGCCCCUCCAGCCCCAGUUGCAGUGCCCCAACCUCCUCCCCUUCCACCAAAAAAGUCCGCCCCACCUCCACCAAUCCUCGUGAAGAAGUCUCCCCUGGCCCCUAUCCGCACCUUCAAGGGCAUGGAGUACGACUGUGACCCAUACUGGGACCCCGACUGCCUGAUUGACCACCCACCCAGGCCUAUGAAGGGGAAGAUUGUGGUCCCCCCGCCGCCACCCCCUCCUGUGGAGGAGGAAGAGAAAGAGGAACUAGCUCCCCCUGCUCCCAUCGAGAAGAAAGUAGCCCUCUACCCGUACUACUACCCUAUGCCCUACGACCCCAGGGAUGAUCUGUACGACCCGGCUCGCUUCCAGUACCCACAGCCUGCUGCUGCUGCUGAUGAGCCUGCAGAGUCAGGCCACAGUCAGUAA